AUGAAACGGAAGUUUUCUGCCGAAGGGCCCUCUUCCUCCCCGACUCCCAUUGACACGGAAUCCGAUAACACCUCUUCAGCAAAGGAGGAGACAGUCGACCCCGAUGAUCUCUGUCCCAUCUGCCAUUGUCUCAUUUACAAACCAAUCCGAACCAGAUGCAACCAUACACUUUGCCAGUCGUGUAUGGCCUUGUGGGCAGAUGUGUCAGUCACGUCCCAGUUAACCGCGGUUGGACUCGACGAUGAGGUGGCAGUCAUGCUGCCUCACGAGAUCGAAACCCGUUGCCCCAUGUGUCGGACAUUUACCAUUUCAACCCUAGACCCUACCAGAGAAAGAGCCCUCCAGCGAUUAUAUCCCGUCUCCUACCAGGCACGUGAGGCCGAGUCCCAAACAGCCGAGGAAGAUGGUUCUGCCUCAACCAUUGAGACGCUAACCGUUCAUAUCGGAAACGAACAUACAGAAAUCAGAGCCGAACAGGGGUCGAAUAAUAAGCACCAUUGGAAGUUCUUUAUUCGACCCUCGAGAAUUGACUUGAUUGAAGAGGUCCAAGUGUUUCUACAUCCUACUUUCAGAAAUCCAAUCGUCGUUCUUGAAUGGCCUCCAUACGAGAUCAGGCGUCUUGGAUGGGGCUAUUUUACAAUUUACGCCAAUAUCAUCUUAAAGCCUGGCUACAGCUGGGUGAGUCCUGAGGCGGAAGGCACCCGCGACGGCGCACCAAAGGGCAAGUUACCGCUAGAAUGGACAUUGGACUUCAAUGGCCGUGGAUCGCAAGCACGGAUCAGACUUAAAGUCAGAAAGGAGAAGGAAGGCCAAGAAGCGGAAUUAGACAUUCAAAGAGAACACGUACGCAGAUCUUACGCCCGACAACGAGAAGCAGAUCCUGAUUGGGAAGAAACGUGA